AUGUCUUCCGAUCCGAAUGAUUUCCAAGCCCUCAAGGCAGGACACUUUCUAACUAUGGCACCCUUGAUAUCCGUUCCUGCACCCAACCUUCCGGUUGAACUUGGCAGGAUAAGUAAGAGUAAACGCUGGUCAUUAAUACAACAAAUUCACCAACAUUUUUGGAUCCGGUGGCAAAAAGAGUACAUACUAUCCCUGCAAGAGAGAUCAAAAGAGACCCGUUUUAAUCGCAACCUCCAAGUGGGAGACCUGGUAUUAGUGAACGAACCAAGUUCCCCUCUGACAUGGCCUACAGCCCGAGUGGUCGAGGUUCAUCCAGGAGCUGAUGGGAUCGUCCGAGUGGCAAAAGUAAAGCUUUCAAGGGAAAAAAUCUACACUCAGCCCUCGGUGAAACUGUGUUCUUUACCCCUCUCUGAUUGA